UUUAUAAUCGGUAGGUUCCGUCCACCGAGCGAGGCAGGGCUGUGGCUCUUGUGGCAACAUACGAGGGGGCGCGCCAUGCUCGUGGCAAGACUUCUUGUUGCUCUCAUUCCCAGGCGAAAUACUGUUCGUCGCUGUUUUCUGUUGUGUUUUUGGGAUAGUAGAAGGCGAAAAACAUGUCGUUUUGAUAAUCGUACGUACGAUAAAACGGGCCUGAGCGGAUUGAUCGUGGUGCCCAGGGUCGGCCGGCGCUCCUAUACCGUGGCCCCGUGCUACGUGCAGGUGUAAUUUAAUAAGGAGCGCAGGGGAGGUUGGCGAUUUAACAGGGAUAUCGAUUUGUCCGCCGAGUGCUGUGCUGGCUCCAUCGCAAGACCCAGAAGCAGGCAGCCAUGGACGUCGAUAUUUUUGGGGCACAGCCUGCCGCAGCACCGUGUUGGGUAUGUUGCGUCCGAGCGAGUCCAGAGGCCUGAUAGGGCCCGAGAAAUGCGACGAUUCGCCGGCCGAUAACGCGGUGCGAGAGUAGGCAGUAAAAAAGGGGCAAAGACGGCGAGCCGCGGUACGGCGGUACGCUCCUUACCACGGAUUUUAUUGUCAGGACGGCGUACCGCGUAGGAAUUCAAAGCAUUUUUUUAGUAUCAGGACCGUACCGAUAAACCACGAUGGAUCUUGGCAUCGUAGGUAACGCAACGGGUGCAUCCGGGGGGGCCGUCGCCUGUCCCGUUUGCACUCUUUAUUUACGCGAGGGUAUUAGUCUUCAAAGACACUUGGAUACACAUCCCAAGGAACAGGUCAUAGAGGCCCUCAUUAAAGCCAGCUCUACGACCUCUCAACAGACGCAACAACUUCCAUCGCCGACAUCAGUACCUCCUGUUCCUUCCAGCAUUCAAUCACCGCAGAAUACACCACCGCACAUCCAACAGACGACUGCGCAUGUUUCUGCUCAGUCUCCGUAUCCCAUAGGGCCUAUAUUCGAAUGUCCACCGAUUGGUACUAUGAUGCCUCCUCAAUUUGCCUCGUUUAGUUAUCAACAAUUUGUCAAUAACGGGACCAUGAUGAUACCACAGUACGCGAUGGCUCCACAGACUAAUCAGAUGAUGCAAAUGUUGUAUAAUCCAUACGGUAUGUAUCAGCAGCAACAGAUACCCACUGUUCAAAUGAUCUCUCCGGUUGCAGCCAUUCCUAAUACCACGAGGAUAAGACCUGUGGUUACUAUGGCUGGUGAAACCAAUAGCAGGACCACCAUCACUGUACCUGUAAAUAGUUCUGAGCCAAAGCAGAUCUUACCUGAGAUAUUACCAGAGCCAGAAGUAGAAAGCGAACAAGAUCUGCCUGACAUAAAUUUCCCAGCAUCCCCCGAAGUAGCUAAUGAAAAUACUUCUAUGCAGCAAGACGGAAAUGAAAAUAGUAGAAUUCAAAUAGAACAUAGAGGCCAACAAAUACAAAAUGCAACCAUGCAGGAUCAAAGUACCGUGCAGCACGAAUAUAAUAGCAUUCCUAGAUCUUUAACAAUCACUUGCAACAUUGAAAAUGAAGACGAUGACAAUGCUGAAAGCGUACUGCCCGAUAUAGAUGAAAGAGAAACGGUGCACAUGGUUGCAUCGGUUGUCCAAUGCAAAACUACCCAUUAUGAGGAACAAUCCGAAAUACGAAGGUUUGAUCAAGAAUAUAAAAACGAUAGUAAUAAACUCAAUUUAGAACCGCAAGAUGUUCUCGGACGUACUAUUGAUAUAGAAAAGGAAAAAUUAGAAGAGGAGAAGUCUUCGGAUGAAAAAGAAAAGAGUGAAAAUGAAUCUGUCCCAUCUCAAGUUCCUGCAACAGAAAUGGCAAAAGAUACUGCACAACCUGAGGUAGAACAAUUGGAACAAUUGUUGAUCACUAUUAUGGAAUCAGAAUUUAAUAGCGCAUCGACGAAGGAGCAUGAUGUACAGAAGGACGAGGAAGAGAAGGAAAAUAUGGAGGAAAGUGUUUCGAUUCACGCAGAUGAAGAAAUAACUCCAAAUAUAAUAGAUGUGAUUUCAAACUCUCAUAACAGUGAUAUCAAGGAAUGUAAUAUAGAAAUGGAAAUUACGGAAGAACCAAAAAUAUGUGUAGAAGACAAAUCAGACAAAAGUUAUAUUUUAUAUCAUUACAAGGACAGUUUAUCUGCUCCACCCUCGCCAGCAAUACGAAAGAAGUCUACUCGAACGUAUUCAGUUCGUUCAGAAUUUGGCUCAAAUGAAAAUCUUAGUGUUUAUCCUGUUGGAUUUGAUGCGACUACAUUGCAAGACGAAGAGGAUGACGAUGAAAAGAAUAUGACGGAAGAUAAUUUUGAUGAAGCAGAUAUGGAAAUAGAAGCAAUACCUAGUCCUCAUACACCUUUCAUGAAGUAUGGCGAAAGUACAGAAGGUGUUAGGUCCCAUACUCCAUUGUCUGCCAUUAGUGGUAUAUCAGUACUAAGAGUUCGAAAAGAUUUAAGCAAACCUUGUUCUCCUGCAUCUGCACAUUCAUUUUGUCAUAUAGAUGGGGAUAGUAUGAGUCAUGAUGAUGAAAGUAAUGAUUUAAGAGAAAUUACAAUGGAGAAAGAUCCUAUUAGUUGUCCCCAAAUUGAAGAAGAGAUAAAAGUAGAUAAAUAUGAAGAAAAUGUAUGUGAAAAUGUGGAGAAGAAGGGAGACAAUUCGAAUCAUGUGUAUCAUCAAUCCGUAAUAACAGAGCAUGUUAGCUUAUUUCCACCAAUUCAUUCGCAACAGCCUGUUUUAAUACAAGAUUCUUAUCCGUUACCAAAUAACAAAAAUCAUAAUCUUUUAAAUUUAUCAGAAUCUAUCAAUCCAACUACAAGCACUGAAUCAAAGAAUUAUCACUGUAAUAAAUCAAUUAUUCAAAAACAGUCAAUGGAACUUCUUAAUAUAAAUGAAGAUGCUCAUGCUGGUCCAAUGAAUGUUUUUGAGUUUGAUGGACUUCAAAUUUUAGUUCCUAGUACAUUUAUAAGUGAAUCAUCACAAAAAGCAGUGAGUGCAACUAGCCAGCAAUCUAUGGCAAGUAGCGAGGGAGGUGCAGGUAUCGAUGAAGAAGUUAAAAGUGUUAAUAUGCGUGCUGAUGAAACUAUGCCACCCAGAGGUGAAUUAUCAGAACAAGAAAGUAAUGGCUGUACAGAACAGUCCGCUUGGCAGGUUUACAUGGGCCAAGAAUCUUCAAGAAUGUCAACAUCUUAUGAUCUAAUGGCAAGGGAAAGUUGGGAAGAAUCAGAAGGAUCAGACAAUGAAAUUAGUGGUCCAUUGUUAGAUAGUCGAUCUUUAGCUACGCAUUUUACAUCUAGCUUAUUCUUAGAUCGUGAUAGAAAAACGCCUACAAAAAGGACAUUUAAGUGUUCACAUUGUCCAGAGGUUUUUGACUGUCCUAAAGAACGUAGAGUCCAUAGUACAAUGGUGCACAAAGAACCUGGACCUAGCAGUAGUAGAGAUGCAACAGAACAACCAGAAGUAAAAGAUAUAAAAUUAUUAGAUGGGCGCAUGAAUGUGUUUGAUGAUAUUUUUGUACCAGGCUUACAUGUGCAACAAAUGUAUCAUCAACAGCCAUUGUUACAUCAACUCCAACCGCCACAACCAGAUUUAGCAAAAAUAGAAACCGAUCAGAAAGGUGAAAAUUUGACGAUUCCUUCGACAGUAGAAGUAUCUUGUGCAUUAUGUAAUCAACGAUUUAAUAGUGAAAAAGCUUUACAGUUACAUCAUAAGAGAAUGCAUAUAGUCGAAGUAUCGAAACGUAUUCGUGAACAGGCAAAAUGCGUAAUAUGCAACGAAGAGUUCCCAUCUGUUGUAUUGUUUAAUGCUCAUUUAAAAAUACAUCCGUUAGAAUGUGGACAAUGCGGGAAAUACUUUUAUAGAAAACAGAAUUAUAAAUUACAUAUGAAACGUCAUUUAGGAAUCAAGCCCUUUCCUUGUACGCUAUGUGAUAAGGCAUUUUUAACUAAACAAAAAUUAGAUGAACAUACUAAUGGACAUACAGGUAAUGCCCCUGUAAAGUGUAAUUUAUGUAAUGAAACCUUCCGUAGAUAUUCAAAUUUAACUCAGCACAAGAAUAGACAUCAUCUUAAUAUUAAAAAGAAAUUGAAAGACUAUAUAUGCCAAUGUGGAGAGAUAUUCCAUACGAAGAAAAAAUUAGCAUGGCAUAAAGAGACGCAUGAUGAAAAACCUAAAGCAUGCACGUAUUGUAAUGAAAGAUUUAUACAUAUGGCUAGUCUUACACGUCAUAUGCGUCGUGCUCACAAUAGGAGAUUUGUUCCUGAUGCUCAAAGAGAAAAUGAAAACGUGGAGUGUCCAAUAUGUAAAUGUAUUUAUUUGCGAUCAUCUUUAGCUGUUCACAUGCGUGUCCAUAAUGGUGAAAAGCCCUAUGAAUGUCAGGUUUGUUCCAAGGCUUUUAGUACGAAAUGGAAUUUACAAUUGCACAAGUGGACUCAUGCAGCUCGUAGCACAAAACCAUUUAAGUGCAACCAGUGUAGCGCUGCAUUUUAUCGACACAGUGAUUAUACAGCUCAUAUGAAUUCUCAUCGGAAUGUACGUCCAUAUACGUGUAAUUACUGUGGAGCUCAGUUCAUACGAAAAUAUAACUGUUUAAGACAUGUAAAAGAACACGAGGAGAAUAAGGCAUACACAUGUGAUGUUUGCAACAAAACUUUUCAUAGGUCAUAUUAUCUAAAAGAACAUUUAAGAGUGCACUCAGGAGCAAGACCAUACACAUGUCACAUCUGUGGGAAAUCAAGUGGUACGAAAUCUAAUCACAAUAAGCAUGUAAGAAUUCAUCAUGCCCGAGAACCUGUAAAUACUGAAAACUAAUGAAUCUUAGAUUUUCAUGAAGUAUUAUAACGGUAUCAACUAGUCUGUGACACUGGGUCUGUUUGAAUCAAAUAGAAUAGAAAAUAAAUAUUAUAAAGAAAUAUCUUAUAUUAUGGAACCUUAUAUUAAUAAUUAAAAAGAAUUAUUUAAAAACAAAAAAAAAUAGAUACAAUCUAUAUAUAAUAAAGCUGAUAUAUAAAAUA